CUGCUCACCUCUCUGCGCUGGGCCAGACAGAGAGGUGAGGCGGUCCCCGGAGGAGGUGAAGGAGCGCUGAGAACUCAAUCUUAUCGGACAUAUACACACCUCUAUUUCGCAGACACGUCUGCCACAUAUAAUAUAUAUAGAGAGAGAUCUAAUCUGAUAGAUACUUUGAUCCUUCGUCGGUCUUAGGUCGGAGUUAAGGGAGGCUGCCGUAAAUUAAGGGAGGUUGCCGUCAGUCCUCAUCGGUCUUUGGGCCUCUCAUCUAAAGAUAUCAACACCGUCCAAACGAAGAGAGCCAUGGUGUCCUGGAUGAUCUCACGAAGCGUUGUGCUGCUGUUUGGCACUCUCUAUCCUGCAUACUACUCUUACAAAGCAGUGAAGACCAAAAAUGUCAAAGAAUAUGUCAGGUGGAUGAUGUACUGGAUCGUCUUCGCUCUGUACACCGUGGUGGAGACCGUCACCGACUCUACCCUGGCCUGGUUCCCUCUCUACUAUGAGCUGAAGAUAGCCUUCGUCAUCUGGCUGCUGUCUCCCUACACCAGAGGAGCCGGCCUGAUCUACAGGAAGCUGCUCCACCCCCUGCUGUCCUCCAGAGAGAGGGAGAUCGAUGACUAUAUAGUCCAGGCCAAGGAGCGGAGCUACGAGACCAUGGUCAACUUUGGCAAGCAGGGCCUGAGUAUAGCGGCCACUGCUGCUGUGACCGCCGCUGUGAAGGGUCAGGGCGCCAUCACGGAGAAGCUGCGGAGUCUGAGCAUGCAUGACCUGACCCAGAUCGGCCAGCAGGACGAGUCCCGGGGUAACCAGCUGUACCCGUACAGCUCCUCCAACCCAGCUGUGAAGAGGGCUCAGAACCAGGACACUGUGGACGGACCAGAGCACGACUACGACCAGGAGGACGACCGCACCGACGACGAGGCGGACCCUAUCUUCUCAGAGGAUGAGGCCGUCACCCAGAGGGGCCUGAGGCGCUCGCAGAGCGUCAAGAUCACCCGCUCCCGGGUCCGCAAAGACGCACGCUAUGGAUCCCUCAAAAUCAAAAGCAAGAAGAGACCAACACUGAGUUCCGUUAACUACGCACCGUAGAGACACACACACACACACACACACACACACACACACACACACACACACACACACACACACACACACACACACACACACACACACACACACACACACACACACACACACACACACACACACACACACACACACACACACACACACACACACACACACACACACACACACACAGUGCUGUUGACAAGAGGUUGAAGUCAUUGCAGGAAGAUGUCCUUUACUAGAACUGCACAUAUAUUGGUUCCCGUUUAUUUUUUAUUGUUUUAAAUAUCUAGAUGCUGAACUCAUUCAUGGAAUGAGACUCUCAGACAUUUUAUUCACACAAUUAUUUGUCUUUUCAUUACAUAAUGAAUGCCAGCUGAUCUUUUAAUUUUUUGCAUUCUAAUUAAGAUCUACUGUUGGCUAUUUGGAUGCUUUGUAUGAUAUUUAAUUUUUUCUGUUCUGAGUGUAUAUUAUUCUGGUUGUUGUUGCUUGAGGGUUUACUUCCAAAGAAAUCAGGCAAAUCCCACCCACAACUAUUGGUGGACAGGAUUAACUUUGGGAGCCAAGAAUACAUUUUGUUCAACAUAUUUUCAUAAAGACCUUGAUUGAAAACUGCUGCAUAAACCCAGUCAAACACAGCCAUACCAAUGAAGAGGAACAGAUCAAUAACAUGUGUAACUUACUUACUUUAUUUAUGUAAUCUCCUUGAGCGCUUUGCAUUCUGGGACAUUUCAGUAUUUACCUGGGGUGGGACUAGCCUGGUCCUACCAGACUCUCGUACUUUAUUUCAUUUGUACAGAGUCUGGACCUACUCAAUUGACAAACGUUAACUCACUUGAAGGCGGGUGUCUUUUGAAGUUGAAAACUAUUGGAUCUGCCCAGUGCCAAUCUGGAUCUGCCAUAACCAAUCGCUAACGUUCCUUCAGGCUGUAACAAACCAAACACCGUGAGUGAAGAUGUCCGUCAACGAGAGCUGACUUUAACGUCAUUGAUCUCAGCCAUUCUCUCUGUAUGCUGAUUGGACGAAGAAAAUUUAGAUGGAGAAAAUCCAUUAACAUACCGAAGACCCAGACCUAGUACUGAAGGGAAAUUCAAAUUGAGCAGAAGUACUUAGGCGGGCGGAGCCAGACUAGGGUGGGGCCAUGUCGUUGUUUUACAAGUCAUAAAUAAGUCUUUGCACUCAAUUCCCACGUCAAGAGAGGCAAGACCCAUGUCAAGACCCAUUUCCCCAACUUUGGUUUUCGAUUACAAAACAAGUCAUUAUGAGCUCUUCACCAAAUGUUAUUUCAUUUUAUCCUAUUAACAUAUCAAAUUGACAUAACUCAUCAAGGCUUUUUAAAACAUAAAUAUAUUUUAAAACAAGUACUGAUCAAGUACUUAAUAAUAUAAAAAAACGUUUGCUGAGCAUUAGCUCCACGAUCGGCCUCUAAUUAGUGUUGUGCAACUUCAAAUUUUGAACUCCGUUGGAAGAUGUUGCGUCUGUAAUUUCUGUACGCCAACAAAAUUAUAUUUGAUAUAAUUAUUCUCUGACUGGAGCUUCUUCGAGGUUCUGGGUCUCAGCUUGAUUGGAUGCUGUGGCAUUGUCGCAGACAAAGUGCAUCUGGGGAAUUCUGUGACCUGCUGGGAAUGAAGAGCGCAAACCUUUUUUGAAUCAGGGACAUUUAAGGGAGACCAAUUGAGUCGUGGCACACUUUUUAAAUAACAUACCUUUUCAACUUUGGGCUUUGGGGAAGGUACCACGUAGUUUCAGGUCCAAGUGAAGCCACGAGUCAUUGGCAUUUUUAGUCCAAGGCCAGUUGAAAGUGUUGACUUUGUCAAGUGGAGUCUUGUGUCAUGUGACAGCAGGCCACACCUCUGGUAUCUACAGCCUUAACACCGUGUAAAACUAUUUGGAGAUGAGGUAUUUUUCCUGUUAACAUCUCUGGUUGUAAAUAUGAACAUUUAUACUUUGUAUGUAUCAUUUGAGACCAAUGUUUUGGGAUGCUUGCAUAAUUUUUAUCAGUAUGCUUUUGAUAUUGCGUUCCUUUCUUUUUUAAGAGCUCUGUAUUGUGACCACUCUUUUUGCACACAGGAUUGUCACAGCGUUUCAUCUCAAUUAGAAUGUAAUCCUUUGAUAGGAGGAAUCCAGCUAUGCACCCAAGGGGAAUGCAAAGCCAACACCCUCAGCAUUUUUGUUUUCAUGUACAUUGCCUGUUCUCCUCACAUAACAACAUUAAUGCCACUAGGAAGAGCUAAGGGCUAAGAACCAGGACUCCAAUGGGUGGACCAAGUGCCUUCAUAACCGAUGCUUAUCAGGAGGCGUUAACAGACUAACGUGGAAUUACACUCCUCUAAUAAACCCUAGCUUUAAACUCCUCCGGUAAUGUUAACAGAUUGACUUGUUUUACAAGACUAUGCGUGGUGGGUCCUGAUGUCGGGAGCGAUGUGCACAGAGAAGACCUUUGCCUACCUGGCUCGCUUCAUGUGUCGACACAAAAAACGUUUUCGGAGCAGAAAUGUACAUAAAGUGUUGCCUCCUGUUUUAAACGACUAUACCAAAGCUCUGCAUGGCGCUGGCCGGAUUGAUGACGUGUUGAUGCUGAUCAAAGUAUAUCUGAAUAAAGUUGGUUUGAGAAAUUAAA